AUGUCUUUGCCAACUUCUACCAAAAGAGCUUAUCUCGCUGUUGCCCCAGUUAAGGAGACGAACCUUGAUUCGGCCUCUCCUGACUCCACCUUCAAGGUGGAGACCGUCCCAAUUGACUUGGUGAACUUGAAAGAGGGCCAGAUUGGUGUGAAAUCGCUUUUUUUCUCCAAUGAUCCUACUCAAAGAGGCUUCAUUCAAAAGGGAUUGAAGCCCGAGGAUACAUAUGCGAUUCCGAUUCGUGAGGGUCAGACCAUGAGCACUUAUGGUCUUUUUGAGGUGGUGAGCUCGAAAUCGGACAAAUUCCAGGUUGGUGAAUUGGUCUAUGGAAACGCAUUCUGGUCGGAAUACUCGGUUAUUUCGGAGGCUUCUGUCUUCAACAAGGUUGACCCAAACGCGGGUUUACCUCUGCAUUACUUCAUGGAUAUCGUUGGUCUGACCGGUCUCACCGCAUACUUCGGCUUGCUCAAGGUCGGUAAGAUCACCUCUGAGGACACCGUCGUAAUUUCAGCUGCCAGUGGUGCCACUGGUUCUAACGCAGUUCAGUUUGCGAAAAAGAUUUUCGGUGCCAAGAAGGUGGUUGGUAUCACUGGUACUGACGAAAAAGCCAGGGCUGUUGAGGCUUUGGGAGCCGAUGUUGGUCUCAACUACAACGACAAGGACUUUGCGGAGAAACUGGCAGCUGCCACCGACAAAAAGAUCGAUCUGUACUACGACAAUGUCGGAGGAUCCAUCUUGAAUACCGUAUUGCGCUCCAUGAGCAUGUGGGGAAGAGUCGUUGCCUGUGGCUCCAUCGCUGCCUACAACGAUACAUCUGCCAACGUUUUUUCCAACUGGGGUGCUGUAACUGUCAAGAGAUUGACAGUUACGGGGUUCAUUGUCAUUGACUUCAAGGAGAACUUUGGUGAAGCUAUUCAGGCUAUUAUUGGUGGCUUGAAGGCAGGUACCAUCAAGUAUGAGCAUGGAAAGCCAAUCGAUCUCGUUGGACAUUUCGAGAAGGUACCAGAGACCUGGGGAUUGCUGUUUGACAGCAGCAAGAAGCCAUUUGGAAAGCUGAUCUCGAAGAUCGCUGAACUCUAG